GCAGGUCAGCUGGUCUCCCAGCAACACGGUGUAAAUAACUUGUUGAUUCCCUGUGGGCUGCUGGAGAGCAUGAAAGAGCUGAGGAGAAAUGAAUGAAACACUGAUUUGACCCUGGUCAUUUAAUGAGCUAGAUUAAGGCACGGUAAGGUGCAUCCUGGAAGCAAGACCCCGAGGCAAAAGUACAGGUCAAACAGGCAGCUGAUGGUUGCUUGCUAGCAAAUGGGGCUGUUUGACAAGUUGGCAGCAUGGCUGGGGUUGAAGAAGGAGGUAAAUGUUCUUUGUCUCGGUUUGGACAACAGUGGAAAAACCACCAUCAUCAACCAGCUGAAGCCUGCUAAUGCCCAGGCACAAGACAUCGUCCCAACUAUUGGCUUCAGCAUUGAGAAGUUUAAGACAUCCAGUCUGUCCUUCACAGUGUUUGACAUGUCUGGUCAAGGCAGGUACAGAAACCUUUGGGAACACUACUACAAGGAAGGCCAGGCUAUCAUAUUUGUCAUUGAUAGUGUAGACAAACUGAGGAUGGUAGUAGCCAAAGAAGAACUGGACACAUUACUAAACCACCCUGAUAUUAAACACAGGAGGAUUCCCAUCCUGUUCUUUGCAAACAAGAUGGAUGUCAGGGAUGCUCUGUCUUCUGUCAAGGUCUCACAGCUGCUGUGUUUGGCAAAUAUCAAGGACAAACCCUGGCACAUCUGUGCCACUGAUGCUCUGAAAGGAGAAGGUUUACAGGAGGGAGUCGACUGGCUACAAGAUCAAAUCAAGACAAUGAGAACGUGAAGGAAUGAAGAUGGAUGUGCUGGAAGAAGCAGCAUUCAUCCAAGUCUUAUGUGAAGAUUGGUUGACUCUGUUUUCAGAGGUACCAUGGGACAGUGAUGUUUUUAAUUUGGUAUUUAGAUGGUCAAAUAAAAUCAUUAAAUUAUUACAUGAUUCUUCUGGUACUAGUAAUGAAAGUACAAAUGAUACCACUGAUAAUGCCAAGUCAAUGAGAAACAUAGAAAUUGGAAACUUUAACACAUUUUUUUGCAACUUGUUUUCUUUUCAGCGUUUUGAGUUCAAGCUAAUAAUGUGUUUAUUAGCUUUAACUCUCUUUCUAAAGGGGGAGUUACAUUUAAACAAAAACAUCUAUUUAUAUUAUCCCUUCCACUCUUAAUAUUGUUGUCUACCAGGCCCAGAGGGAACAUGAUGAGCAACAACACAUUAUUUUGAUUGGUGCUGUCUUCAUUUUAGGGAGCAUGGAUACCUGGAAGGUUUGUAAAAAAGACAUGGUUGGGUAUGUCAUGUUGUAUGUGUUAGCCCCUUAACUCUCCCAUGUGUUCCACAAAUGAUAUGUGCCAGAUUCCUGGAGGAGAAAGCACAUGUUUUACAGCUGGUUGAUUCAGAUUCACACCACAUUAUACCAUUUGUGCGCUUCUCCACUGGCAAAAAAAACAAUAUUAGAUAUUUGUGGCCUGAUGUGCUACAAUCAUAUUAAUUUCCACACAGCAGGGAAUACAUGCUCAGAUUGAAUGUCCACUAAUUGAAAUCAGGUGGCAGUCUCUGCCUGUCUCAAGCCUCCAUGCAUCAGAUAAAAAAAACGUUUAGCAGUGACGUUAAGUACGUGCAAUCUGUGUGUAUGGGCUAUUGCAUACAAAAUAACGUAUAAACUGAUACAACUAUUGUUAUGAAGUGAAUGUAAAGUGAAUUAGUUUGCUUAAAAAUCAGAACUUGUCUUUACAAAGUUAUUUCAACCAGUGUUAUUUUUUUACUUUGCCUUACUCUAUUGCCCAAGUAAAAACCUAAUAAUAUAAUUUACUCAUUCUACUCCAGUGAUUCAAAGGCACACCACUAGAACAAGGAAAACCAUCUGCUCAGUCUGCACACAGUUUUUAAUGCAAUCCUUUGAUCAUCUGCUUUAGUCUCUGACUGAAAGCUUGCAUUAAAAACAAUUGCUGUACAGAUCAGAGUGUGUGUUUGCUUUUAGCUUUUGUGCAUCACCUCAUCUGAACUUAAUAGAAAGGAAGGGGUGUUACUGUUUCUGAGUAAUGUCAGGGCAAAGAGUAUCAACUGACCAACAUGUACAUUCAAAUAUUUUAAAUAAUAGUGUUUUAUAUAAUAUACAUACGCAGCUUUAUCAUGUUCUUUAAUUUCUCUUCUGCAGAACUAUUUUAAUAACCACUAUGUAGUCAGAAAAUAUCAGCUUGAUAUCACCCAUGGGUGUAGACACUGUAAAAUGUACGACAAGAAUGCAUGGGGUGGAUAGGAUGAAAAAACGAUUCCUUUACGUUUUGUUUUUGUUUAGUUAUUUAAGUCGUGAGUGAAUGAAAAGAAAAAUCAUGCUUCGUCGGGGCCACCAACAGAUCUACCAAUCCUUCAUAUCAAGUACUUUAUUUUAGUUUGAAGACAAGAAACACAAGCUGGAAAGUGUAGUUUUGUUGCUUUUUGAAAUAUAUAACUAUGGUUUAUUUUGCAAGUAGACAUAACCAAUGGAAAUGGAUCUUCCUGUUACUUUAAGCCCACUCAUAUCAGUGUCUUCGUGUAGACCACUGGGGGACGCCCAAGUCCAAGAUAUUGAAAUUGUGCUUGUAGGUGCUUUAAGGUCACCACAUUGAUUUUGUAAUAUAUUGUCUAUUUCUAACUAAGACAUUUCAGAGUGAAGAUUUACUUUCCAGGUUCAUAUCCUUAAGACACCAUAUGUUAUCCAUAACAAGGAGAGGAGUCCUGUGAGACCAUGUUUCAUAUUCUCCUGACAUCUAAUUCAAAACGAAGACCCUGUGAGCACUAGUUCACUUUAGCAUCAGAUAUGUUAUAGAUUGUUACUAAAUUAACUUUGUUGUUGAUAACAUUGUACGUGUUUAUUUUUAAGAAUAAAUACUGUGUAAAAUGAAUAUUGGUUCAUGAUUUGGAAACAUGACUCAUGCUAUCUUCUCGUGCUUUCUGUCUCUCUCAUUCUAUGUACCUCUCUCACGAACAUCUCGAGCGUGCCAGCAACAGCUGCUCAUUAAACAUUGAGUCCUCA